AUCUCCAUUGGCGGCAAUCACAUAGGUCGUUGUUGACGCGUCCUGUGCUUAUCGACGGACAAGGGUUGCGGGUCGAAGCCUGGCAAGAAGAUGGAUGCCGUCGUCUGCCCUGCUUGAGACCGCGUCAGACUGAUGUCUCGUGAGCUCACUGCACGUCACGCACCUCUAACAAGGCCAACAACGGCUAGCAAAAGCGCUGCGGAAUGCUUCAUUUCUGAUAUCCGUCAACAGAGCAAUUUCGCGCGUCGAUCCGCCAAGCGCGGUACCAUGUGGAGAUAAUUAUAAGGUUGAACAUCCAACUCGAGGGAAAUGGACGCGCUUCAACAUCUCGCAUAGUUGCCAUCAGCUCUCGCAUAGCUCGACGGUCUCGCAUAAGAUGGGCAAGCUUUCGAUCGUGACGUCUUUGCUGGCGUUCUCGGUUGCGUUGCAAGCACAAGCAGGCGCUGGUCCGCAUCAUGCUCACGAUCAUGCUGGUCUUGCGCGACGAUUUCGAGCUCAGGCACCGCCGCAUGAGCUAGAGAAGCGUGCGGAUGGCACUGUCAUCAAGAUUGCUUCGAACGGUGGUACGACAACGACACCUUCGACAGGCAGCAUCACCACUUUCUGCAAUACAUGGAAGAAGGCGUGCUUAGCCGUAUGCUUUGACAAUUCUGCGCAAGACACCCACGUCAAUAUUGCAUACUUGUGCACAUUGUCGACGACAAAUCCAGGCGCAUAUGACUUUGGCUGCACUUGCGAAACGACAGGAAGAACGGACGAGACACUUGCCUAUAUCGCAGCGUUGCAGCCAUCCGCAGCUUCUCCUAGUGGAUCCUGUGCCGCUUCAGCAGUCGGUGCAUCACUAUCGACGCAGACUGUCACUGUCACCGUUCCGGCAGGCACAUCGACAAAGACAAUUAAUGGUGCUGCUGUGACGGUCUCUGAUGCCGUUGCGACCAGCACGAUCGUCAAGCAGAACGUCGUCGUCAAAUCUGCUACGAUCGUCAAUUCCAUCGUAGCUACAGCAGUGAAGCCGGCCAAGACGGUCACUGUCUUCAAGACUGUCACUGAUGCAACUGCCACAACCGGCACCUCUAUUGUGACCGGCUCUACUAUUCUAGGCACACCAAAGAACACGACACUACCGAAUCGCAAACGAGCGGUGGACGAGAAGCUAUUCGAGGAGUCCAACGAGGGUCUUGUGCUCGCUACCGUCUCCUCUUCAUCAUCUUUGCUGGGCGGACAGGUAGCAUUUUGCAAUCUGUACAAGCUCACAUGCUCCCGCCAAUGUGUCGGUCGGAAGUCAAAGGCAUCAGUGCGCUCUUGCUCCCCUGCCACCGGUGUCAACGACUACAGUCUCCGGUGUCAAUGUAAGAACAACGCAAUUUUGACACGUACAGCCCUCAACGCGAUCAAGCUCAGCAAUUCGGUGCCUGAUCUGUCCGUAUCAAUCAUCACCGCGACUCGUACUAUUUCGUCGGGUCAAUUGCAAGCUACAGUGUCCAAAGCAGGCGCAACCGUCACCGUGGAUUACACCGCCUUGACUACUACGCAAGCCACGCAAACUGUGACGUCUACAGUUACUUCUUUUGCGUCGGCUCAGACAACUGUCAAGAGCGGUACCGUGACCGUGACCUCGACGGUGCACGCUACUGCAAACGUCGCGGCCACAUCGACGACGAUCAUUGCGCUCAAUCCCACUGGCGUCAUUAAAGCGAGCUAUGUCGCCAACAGCUCGGUCGCCGGCUAUGUCGAAGCCACGACCAACGACUAUGGCUCUUUCAACCUGCUCAGCUCAAAUGCCAUCACGUCUGAUACGCUACAAGUCGUAUUCUUGUAUGACAAGACUUCAAAGCUGUAUCGCAUCGAGACGCUGAACGACGACUUUGCUGACUCGUACAAUUAUAUGGGCGCGGCACAAGGCUUCGCCGCAGCGAGCUCAGACAUGACCGCGGGCACGACCAAUUACAACUACAUCUGCGUUACCAAUCCAGUGCCUUAUGGACCUGCACAGUACACCGGCAACAGUAUGGCGUCUGACGAUGGCACCUAUCAGCCUGUCAGCGAAAGUGUCAUGUGGAAUCUCGACAUUGCCAGCCGCAACAUCUCUGCCGCUUGGACCAACUCAAACAACAAGUUGACAACGCCCUAUCUUUUCUACGCGGGAGGCGACAGUGACUUUUUUGGCAUCACCGGCGAUCUGAGUCAGUACACAAAUGCGUACAUCGAUCCAGCGCAGCAAGUUGCUUGGACAUUCGUGCCGUCCUAGUCGUCCGCAGCGCACCACGUGUACUUGUAAGCUUAAUAUCGAGGGCGUCGUUGUCGGUCCAAGUCUUGUU